AUGAAGAGGAAUCAAGUCCUAUUUCUUACCUGUGCUGCAGCUGUUGUGUUCCUGGCUGUUUUACAUGUAGGUGAAAGUGCUGCAGUUAGAAGCAAAGAUGAUCCUGCCCCUGACAAGAAAGAAAGUUUAAAAAGUAAGAUAUUUAUGCAAGGAUCGGAGGCUUCCAAUUUUUUUAAGAAGCGUGGCAAGAGAUCACCCAAGUCUCAGGAUGAAAUAAAUGCUGAGAAUCGUCAAAGACUGUCAGCAGAUGAGCGUAGAAGAGAGUACUACGAAGAGCAAAGAAAUGAAUUUGAGAACCAUGUAGAGGAAGAGCAAGAUGAGCAAGAAGAGCGGAGCCGUGAGCAGAUUGAACAGUGGCGUCAGUGGCAUUACGACGGCCUGUCUCCUUCCUACCUUUAUCAGAGACAGAACAUUUAAUUUCCAUCAAACUAAAACAUUUUUUUAACAAUUAUUUUUUUUAUCCUACAAAAACCUGUUAUCCAAUAAUCAUUGGGAGCUAAGUGGAACACUUAAGGCUUGGUGUCCUUUUAUUGUUAACAAGUUCUUAUGCUUUACUGUAUUUCACCUAUGGUCAGUAAAUGAUAAGGAACUCAUUAUUAGGUUGGAAGAAUGAUUGCCUUUUUUCUUUAAAUCUUAUUUACUUUUGCAGAGUAGAAUAUAAAUGCUAUAUUAAAGUAACCAGCACUCUUUUGGCUAUUACUGGUUUCUCUGAGAUGUCACAUUAAAAUUGUUAUUGUCUUUCUGAAAAUGUUAAAGGGAAAUGUUUUGCAUGUCUUAUUAAAUUUUGCUCUGUAUGUAUAAA